CCAUUUUAGAAUAAGGCUGUAAUGUAACAAAAUGUGGGGAAGGGGUCUGAAUACUUUCUGAAUGCACUGUAUGGUGGUGAGAAUAUCGAUUGUUUGGGUUUUUAUUUUGUAAUAAAAACCAUAAAAGGCAACGUUGGUGUUUUGUGUUGGUUGUUGUAGAACUCUGGACCUGAAGGGGCCUAUACAGUAAGCUACAGAUGGAGACUUUGUUAAACAUUUCCCCUAGCAUUUAAUGAAUGACAGAAUCAACAGGAAAAGAAAGACUAAGGGAAGCAAAAACUCUGAGAACUAGCUACAUAUUGAGAGAGGGGGAUAAGAUAUUGUAUUUUGGAGGAAGAGUGAUCAGUUCUCCUGUAGUAAGAGUGAACCAAGGUCUCAUCUCCUGUAAAAUAAGGUAACAUUCAUGUAAUAUCAACUGGAUAGUUGCGUAAGAAGAACAACCUAGUUAUAGGCCUACGAUAUAGCGAGAUGGUUUAUGAUUUGAGGUACAAUAAUCUGACUAUGAUUAUAUAGUUAAAUGUGACGCACGCAUACGUUGUCACAGUUUUUGUGUUGUAACACAUUAUUUCCAUGUUUUUUGUUGACAGAUAUUUAUCCGUCUACGUGGUUGAUAUUAUGUUAUUAUUUUCUAUGGUUUGAAUUUCAUGAGGUCUCAUUUUCUUUCUCUCUGAUAGAAGAGUGCUGAAGUUCCACAGUUACUUUUUGUGUCCUUGUGUCUUCCUCUAACAGCUAAAGUCUACCCCCACUGGGUAUGUGGCUUAUACUAUGUCACUUUGGUGUCUUUCAGUGACAGACACAGAGCAUUCCUUCUACCUAUAGCUUUUUUCACAGUGGGUCCAACAUCAGAGGCUUUUUACAGUUUAGAGUCCUUCUCUUUUAUAGUCCCACUGGGGAGAGGUGAUGGUGACGCACACUGGACAGGACCUUGUGCCCACACUCAUCACGUAAAGGUAGGUAUUAAAGGCCUGGAGGAGAGGUGUAUGGUCUCAGUGCGGCCCUCGUCACCGUGGAUACAGGAGGGAGGAGAGCCGGAGGAGUCUUAGAAGAACGCAGCACGACAGGACAGACUUCUUCUCUCCAUUCUCCCCCGCACUCCGGAAUUCUUCUGUUGGGUUCCUUUUGAGAUUUUUUUUACACCCCCUGUCACCGUUCUCCACUAUGAACACACCCAUGACAACGGCUGCCGUGGUGUUGACCACCUGCCACCCCAACGCCACGAUAUGCUCGGACACGUCGUGCCUGGUGCCCUCCAGCAACUACAACGAGAUCCUGAGCCUAGUUCUCAGCAUCGUGCUGACAGUCAUGCUGGCCAUGGUCAUGUUCGCCAUGGGCUGCACUGUGGAGGUCACAAAACUGUGGGGACACAUCAAGAGGCCUUGGGGAAUCUUCAUCGGCUUCUUGUGCCAGUUCGGCAUCAUGCCCUUCACCGCCUUCGCCCUGUCACUGGCCUUCAACGUGCUGCCCGUGCAGGCUGUCGUCAUCAUCAUCAUGGGCUGCUGCCCCGGUGGCUCCAGCUCUAAUAUCAUUGCCUACUGGCUGGACGGAGACAUGGACCUCAGUAUCAGCAUGACAGCCUGCUCCUCUAUCCUGGCCCUGGGGAUGAUGCCUCUGUGUCUGCUCAUCUACACGUCUGUCUGGACCUCCGCUGACACCAUCCAGAUCCCCUACCAAAGCAUAGGUAUAACCUUGGUGUCCCUCCUCAUCCCCGUUGCCCUGGGAAUCUACGUCAAAAACAAGUGGCCCAAAACUGCCAAAUUGAUCCUCAAGGUGGGUUCCAUAAUGGGCUUCCUCCUCAUCAUCAUAAUUGCGGUGGUGGGUGGGGUGCUGUACCAGUCCUCCUGGACCAUCUCUCCCUCUCUCUGGAUCAUCGGAGCCAUCUACCCCUUCGUAGGCUUCACCCUGGGCUUCUUCAUGGCCCGCUUUGUAGGACAGCCCUGGCACAGGUGUCGUACCAUCGCCUUGGAGACAGGCUUCCAGAACUCACAGUUGUGCAGCACUAUCGUCCAGCUGUCGUUCUCCCCUGAAGAACUGGAGGUCAUGUUCGCCUUCCCACUCAUCUACAGCAUCUUCCAACUGGUGGUGGCUGUCAUGUCUGUCGGAGCUUACCAGAUGUAUAAGAGGAAGUGUGGAGGGGGUUCGUCUGAGUUAGACGGCGAGGGAGCAGAGUGGGACGCUGAGGCACCUCCUUCCAAGGACAAGCAGGAGUACGUCCUGGAGAAUGGAGGCUUUGAGUGCGACGAAAAUGGCAACAACGGAGAAAAGGGCAAGAUCACCCAGAUGUGAGCACAGACAGGCCGCGGGACUCUUGGACAGUUAGCAGCACGCAGCGACCUGGACGCAAUACUGUACCUACAUGCUUCCCACUCAAUCACACCAUAAACACACACUGACCUCUACAGGCUGAAAGUGUGUAUUACAGGUCCUGCCAUUACUCUUAACAUUGGAGAGGUUUCUGUGAAGCUUUACUUCAUUUAAAAAAACAUAAACUUCAGGGGUAGGAAGCCAUCUUAGAUCCUGAAUGAAGUCUGAGUUCUCCUGUACCUCACUUUUUUACAACAGUGUAUACAUGCAGAGACCUCAUGGAGGCCAGCAAGGUUGCAGUGUGGUAGUGACUGAGGUGAACUGUGUUGAGUGGUGAGGGUUUCAUAGAGGAAACUGUUCACCAUGAAAAGGUUUCUGUCUAGUCACUCCUGUCAGAACUACAAUCACUUUUGAAUAUACCUAUUUAUAUUGCAAACCAGUCAACCUAAACUAAUUUAUUAGUCCAUGUUGUAGGACUCAUCUGACACAGACACACACCAGCAUUAACACAUUCUAUUUAAUUUUACAUAGACCCCUCCAGGAUACUUUAAACAUGCCUCAUAUUAUUUUAUCAUUUGUAUGUUAAAGCAAAAAAAUGCCAUAAAGAAUACAAUACAAGUC